AUGGUUAGGAACGCAUUGUGUGAUUUGGGGGCGAGCAUAAAUUUGAUGCCCUUGUCAAUCGUUAAGAAGCUAGACAUCGGCGAAGCCAGACCAACCACGAUUACAUUACAGUUAGCCAAUAGAUCAAUAAAGCUUCCAGAGGGGAAGAUAGAAGAUGUUCUCGUGCAGGUAGACAAGUUUAUCUUCCCCGUAGAUUUCAUUAUAUUAGAUUAUGAGGCAGAUAGAGAAAUCCCUAUCAUCUUAGGACGCCUAUUUCUCGCCACAAGGCAAGCAUUGAUCGAUGUACAGAAGGGAGAAUUGACCAUCCAGGUUGAUGAUCAAGAGGUAAAGUUCAACGUACUCAAUGCGUUGAAAUAUCCAGGAGAUAUAGAAAAUUGCCAAUACAUCGAGGAACUGCAAGGAGAACAGCUGUAG